UCGCGCUCCCCGCCUCCCGCUUCUGGGUCACCGUCUGUAGCUUUCCAGCUGCUACGCCGGCGAUUGGGUGGGUUCUGGGCUUCCUCGAGCCGCGGUCCCGGUGGGCUUCAGGCGCAGACCCUUCGCGCAGGCCGAGUCGGGCCCAAAUAUGGCUGCGUCGGGUCUAGAUCAUCUCAAAAAUGACUAUCGAAGAAGAUUUUGCCGGCCAUCCAGGGCACUUGACAUUAAUACAGAGCAAGGCCAGAACAUACUGGAAAUUUUACAAGACUGUUUUGAAGAACAAAGUUUUGCUAAUGAUCUUAGCACAAAUUCUACAAAGUCAAUAUUUUAUUCAACACCCAAAAUAAAGGACAUUUGUAAUCAGUUACCAAGCAAAGAGGGUCAGUACCAGAAAUCACAUCCAAACUCAGUGCUAGUUUCUUCAAAGGGGAAAGAUGCUUCUGUGGACCAUAAUGGAGAAACAAGUAAAGCCAGCAAGUCAGUUUGCACCCAUGAUGUUCAUGUGAAAAAUUUGGCAACUGAUGUUGGUUUAAAAAAUACACCUGACACAAGAAAAAUGUUAAAUGCAAAUAAAAAAAUUCAUCAUGAUGAAGACAAAGUGGAAUUUUACUUAUCUGUUGGUUCACCUUCUGCUCUCUUGGAUGCAAAAACAGUGUCACAAAAUGUUAGUGCUCAAAGGAAGGAGACCUGCACUUUUGAAAAUUCAGUAAAUUUGCUAUCUUCAAGCACAGAGAUUUCUCUUAAAACCAAAAAAAGGUUAGACUUUGAAGAUAAAGAUGUUUUGAAGAACGUAGAAACAGAGAAUAAAAUAUCAAAAAUAGAGGAUAAAAUGUCAGAAGGACUACAAAAGGGGAAACGAUCAGGAACAUCUCAGAAAAGAAUACAAGAUUCAGAAUAUGAAAUUCAACCACAAGCUAAAAAGAGUUUUUCAACAUUAUUUUUAGAAACGGUAAAUAAAAAAAGCGCAUCCAGUCCUAUUGUUCAACAUACAUCAGUUUUUCCACCUCAUCCAUCCCCAGCAAAUGAUAAGAAGUUAUUAGAGGAUGAAUUUGUCAUUGAUAAAUCAGAUACAAGUUUUGCCGACCGAUCUUGGAUUUCUAUACCAAGGAGGGCUGGAUCUUUGAAACAGUGCACAGGUUUUCCUAUUGAGAGCACUACACUCAUUCAAAACAAGAAGUCAAGAGAAAAACACCACAGUGUAUCAUCUGUAACUUUAACAAAGGACAAAGAUUCUGAUAAAGUUCAACCAAUAGAGAAGUCUCAGCCAACUGAACAUAAAAAAUUGGGUAGAAGUUGUGCCUUGACCGAUGCAAUGGAAAAUGAUCACGGGUCUACAAAAUGUGAAACAUAUUCUGAGAAUGCAAAACAAUCACCUCAAAGUACAAGGACUAGAAGACAAAAACAGAGGAGAAAAUCUAAGCCCAAUGUAGUUGAAGAUCAUGUUGAUACUGAACAAUCUAAAGAGAAAAACCAAAACGUGUCACAUCCCACCCAGGACAACUUACAAAGAAAUUCAGACAGAAAUAUUGAAGUGUGUGAAGAGAUAAGAAAUGCUCAUACUUCAGUAGAACAGAUGCAACCUGGGGGAAGCCAGCACAAUAGCACUCAUAUUCCUCUUACAAAGAAUCAGAAAAGAGAUAGAAAAUCUAAAAAGAAACAUUCUUCACAUGGGUCCAAGAAGAACAAACUUACAACUAAAGAAUCUGAUUCCACUCUCACAAGAAGUCGAAGAAUUUCCAGGCGUCCAUCAGAUUGGUGGGUGGUAAAACCAGAGCAGAGUCCUGCUUAUAGCUAUUCUUCAAUAGUAAAUGAAUCAGCUCAUCACAACAGUAGACGAAAGCCUGCUGAAAAAACAAGUCAGUCAUCUAAGAAUAGUGGUGAAAAAACGAAUCCACCAAAAAGGCAGAAGAGAACGCAAGGGCGUGCCAGAGAAUUAAAGUUUUUAAGUACUGAAGAUCCUGGUGAAAUUGUGAACCAUGAUGAAAUCUCCACUUGUUCCCACAAUGAUUCAUUGGAAAUUGAUAAGGCAGACCUGGCUGAAAAGAAAAACUUUGAUCAUUCUGGAUGUACAGGAAGUUCAAAGGAGCGCGAUGGUACUAAUACUAUACAAAAUGUUCAUCUAAAGUCUCAGCCAAGUGACUAUACAUGCAAGACAGUGGCAGAGUCUAAUUUGGAUUUUGGAGAGCCUAAGAAUUCAGUUUUUGAAGGAAGUGGACCUUCCACAGUCAAGAAUUUUUUAAUAACUGAAAAGAAUAAUUCUGAUGUAGAUGAUAAGGAAGUUCAGGAAAAUCCAGAUGACUCAAGACUAAAAGGAUCUCAAGUAACAUUAGAGAACAAAAUACAUCACAAAUUAGUAAUGCCAUCCAACACACCAAAUGUUCGCAGGACCAAGAGAAUAAGAUCAAAACCUUUGGAAUACUGGCGAGGGGAGCGUGUAGAUUAUCAAGGAAGGCCAUCAGGAGGAUUUGUGGUUGGUGGAAUAUUGUCCCCAGACACAGAAUCAUCUAAAAGGAAGACAAAAGAAAACAUGGAAAAAGUCAACAAAAUUGUUAAUAAAAAAAGAAUCUGUCUUGAUAAUGAUAAAAGAAAUAAUAAGUUAAUGAUAAAUCUGAAUAUACCUCUGGGAGAUCCAUUGCAGCCUACAAGGGUAAAGGACCCAGAAACAAGAGAGAUUAUUCUUAUGGAUCUUAUAAGACCACGAGAUACUUACCAAUUUUUUGUUGAGCAUGGUGACCUGAAAGUAUAUAAAACAUUAGAUACACCCUUUUUUUCUACUGGAAAAUUGACAUUAGGACCACAUCAAGAAAAGGGAAAGCAGCAUGUUGGCGCAGAUAUGUUGGUUUUUUAUGUUAACUUUGGUGACCUUUUAUGUACCUUACAUGAAACAUCUUAUGUAAUCACAACCGGGGAUUCUUUCUAUGUGCCUUCAGGUAAUUAUUACAACAUCAAAAAUCUUCUGGAUAAGGAAAGUGUAUUACUUUUUACUCAGAUAAAAAGAUGAAAAAUGAAAUAAAACCUAAAAAUGUGUAUGUGCAUGUACAUGCAUU